AUGAGUGAUGAACGUCCGUUGGUAGAACAACGCAAAUUUGCAAAACCAUUACCACAAAAUCGAGUUAAGACAUUAAAAAAAGAACAAAAUAACAAAGGUCAUUUUCCAGUUAUUGUUGAAGAAGAUAAAAGUGGAAGAAAAUCACCAUCAUUACUUCAAAUGGUUUCAAAGACAAAAUCUAAAAGUAAAGAAGACCUUAGCAAUUCAACUCCAACAACUCCUGGGAAGAAAGGAGUUGAUAAAGAAAAUAGUCAUGAAAAUAACAAUACAAAAGACCAAGGAAGACAAACAACAAAAGAUAUUGUUUUAAUUACUGGAAACACAAAAACAGAAGAAAUUGAAGAAAAGAAAAUAGACUAUAAACCUCGUCAAGCAAUUCGUACAUCUAAAAAUCAAGAUAAUUCUUUUGAUGAACCUACACAAUCCAACGGAUCUACACAAAUACCAAGUGGGAUUGUACUUAGUGUAAAACAUACACAUCAUAUGAAUAGUAAGACAGAAUUGUUAGGAUUUAUUCAAGAUGUUCGUGUUAAAGUUAAUGAUCAGUGGAUGGUCAAAGGAGUAGUUAAUUUAACAUCAUUAAAUGGAUUUGUAUAUUUUGAUUUUAUUCCAAUUAAAAUGGAGUCAAUAUUUGAUCUUUUAUCAAGACAUUGGCAAAAUCCAGUAAAUGAUAUUAAUGAAUAUAAAGUGGAUUUUUGUUUUAGAGAUUGUAUUGGUAUUAAAUAUAAACAAACAAGAAAAAGUUCAUUAUUAAUGCCACAAAUGAUUUAUGAAGUUUCGUUCGAAUUUAGCAGUGUUUUACCAUUUAGUAUUCCUAUAUAUCAAUUUGAAUCAAGCGAAGGUAUUGAACUUAUGUUGAAAAGUAUAAGUAAAAAGGGAAUUAAAUUAAUUCUUGAUAAAGGAGAUGACAAAGAAGGAUAUUAUAAGGUUGAAACUAAAUUAUGUAAUAAUGAAUCAUUUAGAAAAUCUAUGUCUAUGAUUUGUUUGUAUACUAAAAAAGUUAAUGAAGACCCAAUUAGAAUUACUUCAAGAAAACAAUGGAUGAAUAGUCAUACAUUAGAUAUUUCUUCUUGCACUAUUAAAUAUAUUGAAGUACAUAAUCAAAUGAACGAAGUUAAAAAUGCUGUUAAAUAUGUUGGAUGUGAUGAUGAAUCAAGGUGUAUUGCUUGGAUGAUUUGUGAAGGAGAAAUGAAAGACUAUUCAAAAAAAAAUGAUGUAUUAAACCUUUGGAAAAAGAAAUAUGAAACACUUCAAUUACAAUGGAAUUCUUUCUUUCCUGAACAAAAGAAAAGAUGGAAAGACAUUAAUUCAAUUGAAACACAAAUUGAAAAAGAUUUAAAUAGAACUGUAUUAAACAAUGUUCAAUGGACAGAUAAACCUGUAGAGGCACUAAAAAGAAUAUUAAUGUGUUACGGGAUAUAUGAUAUGGAAACAAUGUAUGUACAAGGGAUGAAUGAAAUUUGUGCAUUAUGUAUGGAAUAUAGUAAAAAUGAAUUAGAGUCAUUUAUCAUUUUUUAUUUAAUUAUGAAACUAAUAAGACCAUUUUAUCUUAUUCAAACAAACGCAUCAGCAAGUCUUAAUAAACUUCAAGUAAUUAUUCAAGUUCUUGAUAAAGAAAUAGCAGAUGCCUUUAGUAAAGCUCAAGUUGAUUAUAUGUUUUGUUGGAGAAGUAUUGCUUUAUUAUUUAAGCGUGAAUUAAAUCCACAAGACAUUAAGAGAGUAUGGGAUUUUAUUCUUGCAAAACCAGAAGAUAAAAUGUUUUUAUUUGUUAUGGCUGCAAUACUAAGUAUGCACCGUGAAUUUAUUUUAACUCAAGACUUAGAUUUUGAUAUUAUGAUGCAAUUCACAUUAACACUAACAAAUGUAUUUGACUAUCAAUUAAUCUGGGAUGCUGAUAUAUUAUGCAAUGAAUUUAAAUCAAAAGCAUCUAAAGAACAAAUCGAUAUUGUCUUUGGAAAUUGA